GGACCCGCCCGAGAAAUACUUUCGUAUGUGAGCACUUGUACAGACUGUCAAUCACUGUCCAUAUCCUGUUUGCAGCGUUUGGUUUGAUGUUCUUGAGCUUGAGCUGAUAACGGACGAGCAGAUGAGUCGAUGUAAGAGACAAUGCUCCAGUGGAAAACAAAAGGCUGAUUUGGCACAGCUUCCACCCACACUACGAUGGCCGGUAUUGUUCAAGUUGCCCAGGUGUAUUCUGCUAAUACGUUUUCUGAUACUGCCCUGCAGUUUUGCCGAGAGCACACUCAACUACACGGAACAGAAAAAGGCCUUGAGGGGCCUGGUACAGGCAUUUCUCGUCACAUUCAAUGACCUAAGUAUUGAGACGUGGCUCAUGCACGGCACUCUUCUCGGAUGGUGGUGGAAUAAGCAGAUACUUCCGUGGGAUUCCGACAUUGACGUCCAGGUUUCUGAGACAAGCAUGUUCUUCCUGGCAGCGUACUACAACAUGUCUGUAUUCUACCAUCGUAUGCCGGGGAAGCCAAAAGGACGGGAAUAUCUGCUGGAGGUGAACCCCCACUAUCAGAACCGGGGGCAAACCGACAAACUGAAUGUCAUCGAUGCGAGAUGGAUCGACAUGGAGAGCGGGCUUUUCAUUGAUAUCACAACUGUCCGAUACAAUAUGACUCAUCCUGCCGGGGAAGGAAUGAUGAGUUGCAAGGACGGUCACGAAUUCAGGGAUACCUAUUUGUUCCCGUUACGAAGCGCGUUGUUUGAGGGCGUUCGCACAAAAAUCCCAUACCGCUACCGCGAACUCCUGGUCGGGGAAUACGGGGAAAAGGCGUUAUCACUAACCGAGUUUAAGAACCACCGGUUUGACGACGACCAGAUGGAAUGGAUCCCAGUGACAGAGGAGAUGAAAUCUCGGGCGGAUCUCUAGAUUAUGUAAGAGCACAAGGGAGGGGAUCGCGUGAAUGUGGGAGACAGAAAAGUUCACAAGAUGGUGUCUCAAAAUACGGCAAACAUGGAAGCAGCUGGUGUGAGCAAAGAAAAUACCAAGAUUUGGACGAAGGAUGGGCGGGUGACCUCGAAUUGAGAUAGCUUUGUUUUCAAGAUCACCCUGGAAGCAGUUGUCAGAAAUAUGUUGUUAAAGCAACAUUGAGUGAUGAAUUUAAGAAACAGUCAAGCAAGCCAGUUAUCUAGUGCACUACACAUAAAUAAAUACCAAACCUGGAAGUAACCCAAGUUACGUAGGUGGACGUUUCAAUACUUGGCAUCUGAGCCUCAUCGGCAUCCGUUUCA